GACAUCGCAGGGAGUUGGCUUUCAGUUUGUAACGAGUAGCACUUGUGCUAUCUCGCAAAGGCUAGCAGAUGACUGCUACGCCGCUAAAUGGUUGCUGCUAGCUCGCUACAAUUACACUGGAGUAUUUUCAAUAGAAGCCAUCAGUCUGUGGACCACUAUUCAAUAAUGCAGGAUGGAAAAUAACAUUUUUACUUGGCUUCCGAACCAUUGUGUCGAUUCUCCGAAAUAACCGCCAAUAUUACUCCAGGAAGAAAAUUGGGGAAAGAUGGCACAUCUUGGAUAUCCUUGGUACCAACAAUGCUUGGAAAUUUUCCAGUUUCUUGUCACACAACAUAAAGGAAAAACAGAAAUUUACAGAAAAAAGAAAAGAAAGAAAAAACUUGAAAGAAUUUUAGAAGAGACGGAAGAGACAAAUUCUUUAGACUUUGAUGAAGAAAACUCUUCAUUUCGUUAUAUUCGUGUAGGAAUGUCUUUUUCCUGCUUUCACACAGAAUAUCCCUUUACUUGGUCAUCGAAAUUAUUAAAGAAAGAUAUUUCUCCAAAACUUUACACUCACUUAAACAGAAAUUCUCCACAAUGUCUGAAAAUCUUCAGAAUUUCUAUUUUUCUACUGCUUCUGUAUAGCUUGCCAAUGUUAUCAUCAAGUUCAUCAGAAGAGCCAGUUUGCCGUACAGAGGUGGACUACAGAGAUAUUUAUUCAGUGAAUUGCAGCCAGAGGAACCUGGAAGACGUACCAAAUGAUUUACACGUGAAGACAUGGGAACUAAAUUUAGAUUAUAAUAUGAUAAAGCUUAUAAAAUCCAUUAUAUAUUUUGCCAGAUACGACGAACUGCGAAAUUUAUCAUUACGUCAAAAUUCAAUCGAAGAUAUCAAUAUUAAUGCCUUUACUGGAUUAGUUAAUCUGGUUGCUUUGGAUUUAAAAGGUAAUAUGUUGACCACAAUUCCAACAGAAGCUCUAAAGAGUUUGCCUGCAUUGGAGACAUUGAUUCUCAGCGGUAAUAAUAUACAACACAUUAGUCAACAUGCUUUUCCAACUCUAAAAGAACUUUCCACUGUAAAAUUGGACAAAAACCGACUGUUUGUGAUAGACGACUACGCCUUGACCUCUCUCGUUUCUCUUCGAAGUUUGAGCAUUCAAAAUAAUAUACUGCAAAGUUUGUCUUCUAGAGCUUUGUACAAAUCCGGACAAGAUCUUGAAACAUUACAUCUAUACAAUAAUCCUUGGCAGUGUGAUUGUAAGCUACGCUGGUUACGAGAUUGGGUUGAAAGAAGUUAUAGGAAAUGGCCUUCAAAUACAAUUUUACCGAUUUGUUCUGGGCCUCAUAUUAAUAGCAGAAAAGAUUUCAUGAAAGUACCUGAGCAUCAAUUUGCUUGUAAGAUCAUGAUGUAUUCGAGUGGAACGUCUUUAAAGAUACAAGCUGGUACCAAUGUGAAUUUAACAUGUAGGUUAUACUCUGACCCUCCUGCUGAAAUGAUAUGGCUCCAUAAUGACAGACGCAUUAGGGGGGACAGCAAAGACGAUCAUUUUAGGAUCGUCGAGUAUUUAGAAAAUAUUCAAAAUUUGGUUCUUACUAUAAAAAACUUUCAGAAGAAAGAUGUUGGUUUCUAUAAAUGUUUAGCCAGAAAUCCCAUGGGAAGAGACUCAGUAACUUACAAGGUGAAUUUAGAGCUAAACCCAAACAGAUUACCAUUGGAAAUGGAGACGAAAAAAACUAUUUUCAAUGCUAAAACAGCAAUAAUUUGUUCCGUAGCCAUUACUCUGGUAUUAAUAGUUCUUCUGAUGUUGCUGUUAGUUUUCAGACAUAUAAAAAACCAACGCAAACGUCAAGAAAAACUGCGGAUCACAAUUGAGGACUUGUUUGAAAAGAAAAAUCGUUCGGACGUGAAAAACCGGAGUUGUGAUGAAGACCAAAUGGACAUGGGAGAAAUGGACCCCCUUUACCAAACUGUAGUUAGUGAUGGUAACUAUGUGUCGUUCAAGUCCGAUCCUGUUGAUUCUGAAGAUGUUUCUCAGCUCUAUACUUCUAAUACACGUUUCAAUGAAACUCAUUCUGAACUCGAACCAAAUAACACGUCUUGCUGGCUUCAAAAAGAUCAUCCAUUUUCUGAGUCUGCAUCACCUUUGCUAGGAUCAACAUUAAGUGCUCAAAAUACACCAACUCACCAAAGCAAGCAGCGAGGCAACAUUAAAGAAGUUCCACUAACAACUUUCCCCAGAAAUACUAUUGGCUCUUAUUCAUCGUUCAAAACAGGUCCACCUCACUAUGUGACAAAUCGUCGUCAUAAAAGCAAUAACAACGACAAUGAAGAAUUCUAUAACAUAAUGAUCAAUCAGGAACCUCUCAAUGACUAUCUGUUUUCAAAAAACCAGAAUCCAAACAUUGUAUAUAAUUCCUCUUAUGACCCAAUAUUUGGAAGCAAAAACAAGGUUCUACCUUUUGCUGUCUCACCUGUAUCGAGCGAUGGCUGUCCAAAGCGCAGUGUUACUUUUACUUCGCCACAAAUUAAACCUAAAGAAGAUACAAACAAACGAUAUUCUUCGGUUGGAAGUCUUGGGAGCUUAGCUCCAAGAAAACCGCCACGAUUCUACAGUAGGUCCAGUGUGGUAAAUGGAGAUAUAAAUAGUCCAGUGUCCUCCCCUACUGCCAGUUACAAAGAUGAGUUCGGAACGGCUGUUUGAUUUAGUUAUUGUUGAAUAUAAAGCAGUCUAUAAUGAAAAAAUAGAAAUGAAAAAAUCUCGUAACUUGAAAAUUACAUUCUCAUUAAAUCCUUAAGUCACCAUUUGAUCUCAUUACGACUUUCAUUUCCGUAUUUUCUUAGAAACAGAAAUUCACUCUCUCUUUCAAACAAAUUUUCCUUGAUCAAAAUCAAUUAACGCCAAUGUCUCUUCUAAUAAUAAUAAUAAUAAUAACAAUGGUCUAUUAAAUUCCAUGAGGAAACGAAGGUGAAAGGAAAUCCAAAAGAGUAUAUUUCAUUCUUUAACGUAUGAACAAUUGUUCGUAUUUUGACAUAUUUUACAGUCUUUUUAUUUUCCUUUUUAACUUGGCGAGCGACGUAGAAUCGAAGUAAGUUACCAGUGAAUCAAGCCUGUGCCUUGGUUUGGAUUCCCAGUUGAAAUCAUUUCAUUUACGUCGCUAAUGUCCUUGGGAAAGGCCUGAACGUCACAUUUUUUCCCGCUUCCCUUCCCUAAAAUCCUCCGGCUCUACGCCUUGUAAAAAGUCAUAAUGUAUUUAAAUCAUUUAAAAUUACACAUUUUUGUGGAAUUUUUUUCUUUCAUUUGUUUGUCACCAUGUGCAACCGUUGAGAGACAAAAAUGGGUUUUAAUCCCUAAAACCCUGUAAUAAAUAAUAUGGUGGUUUUC